AUGGCCCAAAACGUGGAAACCAAGGAGAAAAACCAGGACGCACCAGUGGAGGAUUUUAGUACCGGGGAUAGCUUCGAUAUGCAACGUCGACGAAAGUUUAGCACCUGGCAACUGGUCGGCUUAGCAUAUACGGUCACCAAUUCCUGGCUGGGGGUGGCCGGUGCCUUUACAACAGGUAUCACCGCGGCCGGGCCGGCCAGUAUUAUAUACGGUUUAAUUUUGAUGUUUGUGAUCAACUCAUUUGUAGGCAUUGCCCUGGGGGAGUUGGUUAGUGCCAUGCCAAAUGCUGGCGGCCAAUACUAUUGGGCCAUGCGUUUGGCUCCAAAGGGAUAUGCGCGCCUUCUAUCUUACAUGACCGGUAUUUGCAAUCUUUUUGCUGCUUAUUGUGUUGCUACAAGCACUUCAAUCGCCGUGAGCACCUGGGUUUUUGGUAAUGUGAAGCUCGCAUACCCAGACCUCACGGUGAACGCAUGGCGAAUCUACCUAGGAGCGAUGGGGUUGACUAUACUAGCAGCCAUAGUCAAUCUUUGGCAGCAUGUCGUCUCGCGCAGUGUUUCCAUCGGCCUGUGGGUUAGCCUGCUCGCUUGCAUAUCUAUCACAAUUGCAUUGCCUGUAGCGACCCACGACCACACCGGACCAGGUUACAUAUUCGCCACGCUGGAGAACAAUAGUGGCUGGUCAUCCGAUGCUAUGGCGUUCAUAGUCGGCCUAAUUAACGCUAACUAUGCUUUUGCUGCUCUUGAUAGUGCCACCCACCUGGCAGAAGAGACUCCGGAUCCUGCACGGAACGUGCCCAAGGCGAUCUUGUUUACAGUGGUGAUUGGCUUUAUCACCGGUUUUCCUUUUGCCUGCGUGCUGAUGUACGCUCUCACGGAUCUUACCGCUGUUAUCAACACGCCAACGGGCGUUCCACUGGUAGAGCUUUUCAAUAUCGCCUUCCAAAGCAAGCCCGCCACAUUCGCUACAAUCACCUUUGUCACGGUGGCCUAUUUCUUCUCACUUCUCCCGCAGCAAGCCUACCAAUCUCGACUUUGCUGGGCGUUUUCUCGUGAUCGGGGGCUUCCAUUCUCCCAUCUUUGGUCGCAAAUUCAUCCUACGUCGGACGUCCCGCUCUAUGCCCAUCUGCUUUCUGUUAGCAUUGUCUUUCUACUUGGCUUGAUCUAUAUUGCCUCUACCACUGCGUUUAAUAGUCUCAUCACCGGUGUUAUCACAUUCCCGUACCUAACCUACCUGGCCCCCUGCAUCUUUUCUCUUCUUCGCGGUGAAGAGCAGCCCAGGGGCCCAUUUAAUCUCGGCUGGCUUGGAAAAGUAUCUAAGGUGAUUACGGUCAUCUUCUGCCUGUUUACAAUCAUCAUGUACUCGUUUCCCUAUCAGAUGCCGGUUACUGUGUCCAACAUGAACUAUGUGACAGUCAUCUACGGUAUUGCGUUCAUCUUUGGAGCCGCAGAUUGGUUGUUCCGCGCUCGAUACGAGUUUACCUUUGAUUCUAGUGAUAUUGAUCAUACUCGGUAA